ACAUCUACCGGAGAAGACGGCUUAUACGUACAAAGGUACAUACAUUCGGGGGUAUGACACCGCAGUUGUCUUCACAUCAGUUGUAACCUUUAUGGAUUAGACAAACCAGAGGACACUAAAUAUCAUAUGAUCCUGUUGUUACAAUAAAGUCAAUGGGUUACAAUGCCAGGGUUAAGUCAGAGAAGAAAACAGCUCAUCCGAACAUUCCAUUUUGAGGCCAGACGACUUCUAUCCGAGUCGGAACGGAGAGCUCUCUUCCAUGUAUUGAAGGAAUUUCAAAGAUAUAGACAAAUUGAUAAGUUGGUUUUCGAACUUCGGGAAUUACUUCAUUCUCCAGAAAAGCUGGAUCUUUUGAGACAUAUUCGGGACUUAAUUCCUCGUGCGUACGUGAAUGAGUUUGAUGGAUAUUUCCGACAGUCUACUGCCAGACAAGCACUCAGUCCAACGGUUCAACGUCGGAGACAAAAUGGCCGCCAUUCUCCGGAAAUCAUAAUCCGACCAAACCCUCAUGAGCGCGUGUUUGACUCGAUGCGGCGCGGUGAGGUGGUGGUGGUCACUAUACAGAAAGUUUCACCGGACAGAAACCUGGGCUUCAGUGUGAGGGGCGGGGCAGAACACGGACUGGGGGUCUACGUCAGCGAAAUAGAGGAGGGCAGUCUGGCAGAUUUGGCCGGACUUGAACUUGGCGAUAAACUCCUGGAGGUCAACAAUAUAAGUGUUGAAGAGGUAACUAGUAGCGGAGCGGUCAAGGUGCUGACUGGAAGUAAUAAACUGAAACUGCUUGUAGAACGAACUGGCCAGCUUCCGGAAUGGCGACUGUCCAGAGAAAAAGUGACCUGGUAUAACAGUCACACUCGACUGCUCAUGGAGGGAGAAUACGAGGACGGAGGUGGAAGUGGGUACAUCCGGGGACUUGACGCGGACUUCCCUGAGAGGAGACUCACGUUGUCUCUCUCCGACAGGCACAAAGAACUCGGCUUCAACAUCCGCGGUGGCAUGGAGUACGGCAUUGGGAUAUAUAUCUCAAAAGUGGACAAGGGCAGCAUUGCAGAGAGACAUGGAGUUAGAGUCGGUGAUCAAAUCCUCGAAGUGAACGGGAUUUCAUUCAGCAAUAUAUCACACCUCAAUGCCGUUGACGUGUUAAGGAGUGAGACUCAUCUCAUUCUCACACUUCGGGACAUGGGGCGCUACCCAGCUUACAAGGAACUCUAUGCGGAAUAUUCGUGGAACAGUCAAACUAACACCAUGUCAUCCAAUAUAACAGGCCAAUCAAAUAUAAGGCAGACAAAAUUGCGUGACAUGUGUCUGGACAAUGGGUCACAGAGAAGUCGAGGUUUACAUCUCAGAGUCCCAAUACAAUCUGGCAUUUACUCCAAUCACCAAGAAUCUAACGAACUCCCCCUUCAAUCUGAAAUCUAUUUACCGCACGUACAGAGAAAUGACAUUUCCAAGAGUAACAGUUGGACUUACGGUCCUAUACAAAUAGAAAACUGGUCAGGAGCCAAAGGGUCAAAGGUCACUGGGUCAGUUAACCCUGCUUACCUUCCAGAUGAUUCGGAAUCGGACACAAUAACCAUAAGUUCUGAUGAUACUGACGACUCGUCAGGUGUACAUGGCGAAUAUGACAUCACUAUGGAUGACAUCAUCGCAAGGAGUGAUGACCUUGCUGGUGUCGGUCUAGACAAGGGAGAUAACCGAGAGGUGAGUGGUAGUGUGGAGUUAGUUGACCUCAAACCUCAGUACAUGGAGUCUCUCAGUGACCUUGACCUUUCAGACAAUAAUGACAGUGAUGAGAAUCAUGAUCAAGCUGUCCUUGUUCUCCGGCCAGCUAGCCAUGCAUCGGACACCAGCAGUGUUCGGAGUGACGACCAUACAGGCAGUGAAUACAGGUUUGAUCAGAGUGACGGAACAGAGGUCAAACAAGGGUUCUCUCCCCUGAACAAAUCCACGGAUAUUGAUUUAAGCUUCUCUACCCAACAAAGCGCUGCCUCUGAAAAUGUCACCUCUAAUUACAACUUAAGUACUGUCGCUAAUACUGCAACACAUGAGCCGACAGUGACCCAAAUGGAGUCCCCAUUGUCUUACUUACCUCAAACUGACACAGAUACUGAAGAUACGGGAGUCGGGAGGCAUGAUGAGGAUACAGAAGACGACAGACAAGAACAUGUGGUCACUGACCCCUACGAGGUCAGUUUGGAGGACGACGAGGAUAUGAUGUGUGUGAUGCAAAACUUUGACGAACAGAUCAGAGAUUUAGAACAACGACAGUCAAAUAUUGGAUUCAUAGAAAUGUCUUCUCUCUCACCGGAAGAUCGGCCAGGUAAAAGCAAUUCAGACGGCUUGUUAGAUGUUCCUGGGAGAAGAGAGGACAGUAUCAUCAGUGGGAAAUGGAAAGCCAUCAAAGAGAAGUUGAAGGGCAGUCUACGCCUCAAAAAACCUGAAAGAAGAAGCAAUACGAAAGAUAAAAAAGACAGUUUGGACCCAAGAGGUGAAUACUAUGGCAGUAUGAAUCUACAUAAAAAUUCCAUCAACAAAAACAACAUGGCUGUCCUAAGAGAGGAAUUUAGAAAACUGCUCAGUUCUGAUGAAUACUCAGCUGCCGUGAGACACGUAGAGACAUAUCACAGCUCCCGUGACCUUGACCGCAUGAUUCAAACAAUUCUUCCGAUCUUAGACAAACCGGAGAAAAUGCUGCUUUUGCGAGACAUCAGAGGUGUUUUAUAUUCGACCGAUUUGAGUCGAUUUGAUCACCGAGUCCAUCGCAUUGAAAUGGAGGCAUAUGAAAAACUCUCCACAAAGCUCCAUCUGCAGCUGAACCAUGUCAACAAAGGGAGAAAACCAAAGAAACACCUAUUGGUGACGGAAACAGACUCGAGAUCUACUCCAGACAUCGCCAAUCAGCUUACAGAUGAAAGCGGUCAUUUCUACAUCAAGCCUGUGGAGCAACAUGAACAGGAACAGAAAAUUAAACAACGUGUGGUAGAUGUGAUGUCAGGAAAAGCACGUGGCUCACAACAAAGUACAUCUCCAGAGUCUUUAGGGGACGCUGGCUCCAUCAGUGGGAGAGAAAUGGACUUUACAACAGAAGGAGAGGUGACGACGUUGGUUUACAAAGAUAGACCGACCCUUGGUCUGUGUGUGUCCGGAGGAAGCAACAGUAAGAGACAGCCCGAGGUGAGGGUGGACAAAGUUCUGGAGGGUGGAGCAGCAGCGUAUUCACAUCUUAUUCAGCCAGGUAUGACUAUUCUGACUGUGGAUGACCAUUCAUUGGUUGGUGUGUCCCACGCGGAGGCUGUCAGACUGCUAAAGAUGGCUUUCAAAGACCGGUCCAAACCUGCCAUGGAAAUUAAACUUCAUCAUAACGAGUGACCAGUCAAAGCUGACACGGAGAUUACACUCCUCAUCAUUAGUAACUUUUCCACCAUACUGGAAACGUCAUCAAAAUUAACAGUCAUUCUAUGUGACCAGUCAAAGCUGACACGGAGAUUACAAUCCUCAUCAUUACUUACUUUUCCGCCAUACUGGAAACGUCAUCACAUUUAACAGUGAUUCCAUUGACUAUCAUUAGACAGACAUACAAUUCCUCGAUUCUAAGCCUGUGCCAUAUUUGGUAAUGAUUGAUGAGUACCUUAUAAGGUAGUCUUGUUUUAAAUGUCAUCUUCUGUUCGUCGUCGUGGUCGUCAUAAAGUAAACACGUAACUUAUAACCUAUAAACGGUUCUCAUAUCUCAAAAUAAGGGAACCGAUGGGGAAGUAUUAUCGUGGGAUAACGGAUCGGUGACAUGAUGAUUCUCAAAAUGCCUUUUACAUUUCUGAGUAUAGAGUUCAGAAGUUUGAAGUUAAAAAUAUUCCUCUAAAUAACCCAAAAUACAUUAAACAAAGAUAUAUUUUUUAGGAAGAUGAACACGAGAACCAUACUGGGGUAUUACGAUGAACAUAAGAACCAUACUUACAAUGUAGGUAUUAAGAUGAACACAAGAACCAUAUACUUGGGUAUUAAGAUGAACACAAAAACCAUACUUACAAUGUAGGUAUUAAGAUGAACACAAGAACCAUAUACUUGGGUAUUAAGAUGAACACAAGAACCAUACUUACAAUGUAGGUAUUAAGAUGAACACAAGAACCAUAUACUUGGGUAUUAAGAUGAACACAAAAACCAUACUUACAAUGUAGGUAUUAAGAUGAACACAAGAACCAUAUACUUGGGUAUUAAGAUGAACACAAAAACCAUACUUACAAUGUAGGUAUUAAGAUGAACAUAAGAACCAUACUUACAAUGUAGGUAUUAAGAUGAACACAAGAACCAUAUACUUGGGUAUUAAGAUGAACACAAAAACCAUACUUACAAUGUAGGUAUUAAGAUGAACACAAAAACCAUACUUACAAUGUAGGUAUUAAGAUGAACACAAGAACCAUAUACUUGGGUAUUAAGAUGAACACAAAAACCAUACUUACAAUGUAGGUAUUAAGAUGAACAUAAGAACCAUACUUGGGUAUUAAGAUGAACACAAAAACCAUACUUACAAUGUAGGUAUUAAGAUGAACACAAAAACCAUAUACUUGGGUAUUAGGAUGAACAUAUUAAGAACCAUACUUUGACAUUAAGUUGAACAUAAAAACCAUAAAUGGAUUCUCUAAAAUGCUUAUUUACAUAAACAGGAAAACAGCCAAGUGUUCCUAUAUAUCUAUAGUUGGAACAAUUGUGUGAUUUUGAAUAUAGGAUUCGAUAUGUAUAAGUACUUCAUUACAAUGUUUCAUUGUCAGGUGACCAUUAAAGGUUCAUGGGUCACUUAUUUUUAAAUCCAUUUUUUUCACUUAUAACCAAUUCUAUAUGCUACCUUUAUUGAGGAGAAUAAAAUGAUUCUGAAUGAUUGCAAA